AUGGCAAAAGUCAAGCCAAAGUCCCUGCUGCCAUUAAUAUCAGGAAAAAAGACACAGAUGUUUGAUGGGUUAGAUGAUGAAGAUGACUUUGGAUUCAACAGCGAUGAUUUUACUCCAAAGAAAAACAUAAAAAAACUUGUCAUCAAAAACAGUGGAUCGGCUUCAAAAGUAAUAUCCAAAAUACAAGAUAAAAAUAUCAUUAACAAUAACAAUGACAGUAGCUUACUCCAAAGUCCAUCACUCAAUGAAAGUGGCAUGCUACGUCGUGGGAAAGUUGAUGAAAAUCCAUUUGUAGAAUUAUUUGAUCAGUCUGUAUCUCUUGACAAAAAUUUGGAGCUGUCUUCAAUAACUGUGGAUUCCUGUCCUGAUGAGGCUCAAGAUAGCUUAUCAAAACCUGAUGGAGAGUCGGAAGGACCACCAGCACCACCUCCCCAUCCAGCUAAUAUUGUAUUAACACGGCCUGGGUACUACACUCUACCUAGUCUGGAGGAACUUGCUGAUUUUGUUGAUGAGAAUGGUAACUGCUUUGUAAAAGAUUUCACUAUUGGACGUGAAGGAUAUGGAAGUGUAUUUUUCCCAGGCAUGACCAACAUAACUGGUAUGAAUUUUGAUGAAAUUGUUCAUUUCCGUAAAAAAGAAGUGACUGUUUAUCCAGAUGACUUAAAAAAACCUGAAAUUGGACUUGGUUUAAACAAGAAAGCAGAAAUCACAUUGGACUGUGUUUGGCCAAUAGACAAAACUAGCAGAAGUCCAAUAAAGAGUUCUGAAAGGCUAAAGAUGAUGAGAUAUGAAGAGAAACUAGAAAACACUACUCUAAGAAUUGGUGGCACCUUUUUAGAUUACCGGCCAGAAACAGGAUCAUGGGUGUUUGAAGUAAAGCAUUUUUCAAAAUAUGGGUUGAAAGAUGAUUCAGAUGAGGAAGAAAUUAAUGCUAAUGAAAGCAAAUUAAAAAGUGUGCAGCAGCAAAAUCUUUCUGUCCAGAAACAAAUUCCUUCAGUAACACCCCCUGGUAUGCCAGGCAACGAUCUCACCAAGGAGCAUGGUUCUGACCAAAAACAACCCGAGACGACCAAUGGAGAAGAUAAUUUAAAAUCUUCAGCAGAAACAAUUGAAACACGAGAUGAAUUGGCAGCAGAAGAUGAUGCUGAAAUGCCUGACAUUUUCUCUACUGACUAUUCUGCAGAUGAAGCUCUUUAUGUUUCAGAGAGUAAGAAUGACAAAUCCUCAGAACUGUUUUCACACAGCCUUGCUGUUGGUUUGGGAGUCAGUAGCAGUAACAUGCAAACGAUGAAAGCCUCGUUAUUUUUAACAGAAACAGAUGAGCCACUGGGAAAAGAUGUUGAAGAUAGAAUGGAAACCAGCCAUAAUGAAGGCCACAUGCUAAAACUUUUGAACAAGACUGCUCGUAAAAGUUCACUGUCCAUAUCUGGAAAAUCUGUGAAGCAUUGCAGACUGACAAAAGAUGUUUCACUCGGUAUACAUAAAAGUCCGUUGCCAAGACCUCAGUCAGAUGUGAUACAAAUUUUACGAUUUCAACCUGUUAAUACAUACCCUAAGGUUGUUGGAAUGCGUAUUAAACAACCUAUUCCAGUCAUAAAGGAAUCUUGUAUGUACAAAAUGAGAUCUCUUGUAGAUGCCUCAUUUUUCAUGGGUCACUCAUUCCGUGUGGGAUGGGGACCUACCUGGACUUUUGUGCACAGUGGAAUGCCUGUUGGAAAUGCAACAGAUCCUGCGCAAGAAAAAUUUUCAAUCCUAACUGGUAUGGAAAAAAAAGUUUCAGUUAAUACUGAUUGGAAAGUAAACUUAGAAAAGUUAAAUGUGUCAGAAUUUUUGACAAGUAAAAAUCCUGUUGUUAUAAACCAACACAAGUGGAUGCUAGAAAAUCAGCUUGAUCAUUCUUCUUGUGUAACGGAAAAUGAAUGUCCAUAUUUUUCUCCAGUCAGUGGAACUGAAUCUUUGAAUAUAUAUGCAGCCAUGGCUGAACAGGAUGAAGAGAACAUGAGUUCACUCCCAGAUUACGAACAAGUUCAUCAUAUGAGAAGAUGCUGGGACAUUUGUGUAGCACUUUGGGGAAAUCCAAUUGAAUUCCCUAGCCAAGUGAAUGAUAAAACAAGCUAUGAGUAUCAUCAAAUGAGAAGAGAAGCCAUUUCACGUUGGAUAUCAGAAACUGAGGCAAAUGCAAUAAAUUCUGAAAUUGAAAGCAACUCUUUUCAAAAAGAUGGUCAUUUGAAGAGCAUAAUGAGUUACUUAAGUGGGCGGCAGGUUACAGAAGCCUGUGCUUCUGCCCAAAAGGCUGGAGAUAAUUAUUUAUCUAUGUUGCUUGCUCAAGCAGGUGGAGUGAACAAAUCUUGUAAGCAACUCAUUGAACAACAGUUAGAUAACUUUAAUACUUACGGAGUUGGUGAAUUUAUAUCCCAUGAACGCUUAAAAAUUCUUAGCCUAUUGGCAGGAAAGAUGGUUCUUAAAAUUGGUAACCAAACCAUUAAUGUAUGUGAAGGCAUGAACUGGAGAAGAGCACUUGGACUCCAUCUUUGGUACCAAUGUGAGCCAACAUCUCUGAUUGUGGAAGCUGUGCAAAUGUAUGAUGAAGCCCAGAUUGGGAACAAUAUUCAUGGUAAAUACGCCAAACCUCCUGUCCCAGUUUAUUUGGAAGAUGAUACUAAUGACCUUGAUGAGCAUUCUAAAAUUUAUGACACAUGUUAUCACCUUCUGAAGUUAUAUGCAAAUGAUGCUCACAGUCUGGAACAGACCCUAUCACCAACGACAUCAACAGUAAACCAUUUAGAUUAUCGACUGAGUUGGCAUUUAUCUGAAGUUCUUGAAAGUCUUGGUUAUAGACACUUAUCACUGUAUCAGAAAGAAUGCAUCCAUGUGAGUUUUGCUGCACAGCUUGAAUCGAUUGGAAUUUGGGAAUGGGCCAUUUUUGUUUUGGCUCAUCUGGAAGACAGUAAAAGACGAGAAGCUGCUAUAAAAGAUUGCCUGGGAAGACACAUUCGUAUUUCCAGCAAUGAAGAAUAUCUUUCACGGGAGCAAUUCAUUAUCAACCGUUUAGGCAUCCCACCAAAGUGGGUGCAUCAUGCAAAGGCAAUCAAGGCUGGUUACCAGAUUAUGCCCCCAGAGGAAGCCUGGCAUUUACUAAAAUCACACAAUUGGAACAAGGCGCAUAAAGUUAUACUUCGACAUCUGGCUGCUGAUGCAAUCAUUAAUGAGAAUCAUAAUUAUUUAGAAAAGUACUUAUUAGAACUGGCUCCAGCUGAAAGAAACAGUAAAAUUUUAGACUGGACAACAGGAGGUGCUGUGUAUCUCAAUUAUAUCAACUUAUGCAAAACUCUACAGGAACUGAAAAAGCAAGAAGCAACUAUUUCACAACUUGAAAAAUUAUGGCCAGAAGUUACAAGCCUUUGUUCAAAAAUAAACCACCUCUCUUCUUGUAAUCCCAAAGACAGAUUAUGUCAAAGUGAAAUGUCUAAAAAUGCAGCAAAUAUUUUAAGAACACUUCUAAUGUUAAAAGCUCAAAAUGAUGUUAACACUGAAAUAACAAGUAUCCUUGCCCCACAUAUUUGUAAUCUGGAAAUGCCCGAUGACUACAUGGCUCAAGAAAUUCUAAUCUCUCCUUUCUCACCAAAUUUCUCUCUUCUAACUAUCUCUUUCUUUUUCUUUCUAUCUAUCUAUCUAUCUAUCUAUCUAUGUUAUCUAACACUUCUUCUCACUAAGAAUGAACCCUCUCACCUCUUUCUCCAGCCCUUUUUUCUUUCUCUCUCUCACACACAAACACACAAAAGAACACACAGCCUUGUCUUUAUCUUACUGUAA